GGGCGCUGAAGAAAUUCAUCACCCUUGCCCAGGGCGAUUUCGUCACUUGUCUCUUGGAUGCGGUCGGUCCUGAGUUGAGCAAGAGCGCCGACCAACUAUAUCGGCACGACUUGACAGGAAAAUUGGAAGCUGCCUUGCGCACCAGCAACGCGCAGUACGAAGACACGGAUAUUUUGAACCGAGUGGGCGUCCGGCUCUUGCCUGCUUCGGGGGGAGAGGAAGGCUGGGAAGUGUUCGUGUUGGAUUACCACGUGCACGCGCCCGUGUCGGCCGUCGUGCACCGAAAAGCUUUGGAGACAUACGCGCGUAUCUUCCAGCUCUUGUUCCGCGUCAAGCGGGUGGAAUGGGCCUUGGGCACGUCCUGGAAAGAGCACAUGAUGGUGGGUCAACUUCCCAGAAGGGGCGGGGGUGGGAGAGAAGAUGAAAGCAGAAUGGCCUGCAUCUUGCAACGCUGCAAUCUGACACGGCGCGAGAUGGUCCAUUUUGUCGCCAACUUGUCCUCCUUCAUGUGGUUCGAAGUUCUAGAAGCUUCUUGGACGCAGCUGGAGGCGGACAUCGGGGCGGCCAGCGACCUGGACGCUGUGAUCGCUGCCCAUGACGCCUACCUGUUGCGGGUCACCCAGACGUCUUUCCUGUCUCCCGACAAGGCGCCUUUCCUCACGGCAUUGCAAGACGUGCUUUCCUCCAUCCUCGGCUUCUGUGCCCUGCACGCAGACUUGUGUCGAGAAGUUUUGAGGGCAAAGGAAUUGGACAGGGCGUCGGAGAAAGCCGUGGGG